CGAUUAUUUUCUAUAAAUAUAAUAUAAUACAAAAAAUGUGUGAAGAGGAAUGGAAGCAAAGUUUAAAAGAACGAGCAGAAAGAACGCUUCUUGUUCGUCAUACGCAUAAAAUAAAAAGCAUAAAUGAAGUAACAGAUUUAUUUAGCGGUAAUUUUACUAUUAAAUUACCACGACAACCUAGUAAAAAUUUUCAUGUAGAAUUUUCUAAUGUUAAAGAAGCAUUAGAAAAUAAAAAAAAUCUUAAAGGUAAAAUUGAUAAUGGAAAACCUAUAAUUGUUCGAAGAGCUUUGUUUAAUACGCUACAAGGCAAAGAAGUUCAAAAGAAAGGAAAAAAAGUUAAAAUACCUUCCGUGCAGCCAGAUGAAAAAUUGUCACAAACAAUAUUUGUUGGAAAUCUUAAAAGUUCUGUAACGAUUCAAGAGAUACAAGAUGUUUUCCCAGGAUGUGUAUCUGUUACUUUGUUAAAACCAAAUAAAAAUAAUUUAAGGAAAGCAAAAGUUAAGAUGGAAAGUAUACUUCUUGCAGCAGAAUACUUACUUAAGAAACGUGAAUGGCCAUGUUUACAUGGAAACAGAUUAAUACUGAAGCCUGAUAGACGAAUGAAUCAUAAGAAAAAGCAUCAUAAGAAAAAACCAUCUUUUAUAAUUGAUAGAAUUGGUUUAAGAAAUGUAAUACCUUCAUUGGGGACAGAAAACAGUGUUGUCAUAUGAAAAAGUAAUGAUAUUAAUAAUUAUAUGAAUUGUGUAUAAUAUUUUUAUUGUUUAUCAGCAUUUUUAUAAA